CGAAAGUCGCCUUUUUUUUGAUCAAGAAGAUGUUUUUGAUGGGAAAAGAGGGAAAAAAGUUUUCGUGCUUUGGUUCUCGAGAAGGUGCUAAUCGAGUGUUGCAUGAGAUGAUAAUGAGAUGAGUUGAGGGAGGAGUGACAGUGACGGACGCAAAUGAGUGGGAGAAGGAGAGAGAGCGGGAGAGGCUGUGAUGAAAAAAUCGUGUGAAGUACGGUUAGAGCAGCAAAUUGGCAUCAAAAGAGAAAAUCGAACCGACCGUAUUAUUUCGCAUAACCCUCCAGGUCCAGGGUCACUGCACUAUGUUCUUAGAAAUAUUGAAGUUGUAUGUGAAUACCGAUGAAAGUAUGUCAUUACCUAUUAAAUAAUAUCUAUUGCUAAGUAGUAAAUGAAUUCAUGAUUACAGCUGCAUGAUGACAGAUCACCCACUUUUACGAUUUUAACUCUCUUCACCCAAUGGAAUAUGAACAUUAAAUUAGCAUGCAAAAGGCACUUGCAUGAGAAAGAAGGGGAGUUUCAAAGUAAUCACGAUCGGACUACAUUUAGAAUAACAGGUACAUAUCACUAAGCACUUGUACAUUUGGGAGUACAAGUUUGAAAAUUCAUGUCCUCCUAAGCGGAUUUGAUGUCCUAGAUGGGCUUGGGGCCGAGGUGGCUCCACGAGGAGCACGGCGGCAGUUCUGCCUCUUCGGCUUUCUCCGGAGGGAGAAGGAGAAGUAGGAGUAGAGAAGCAUCAACAACUCCUCCCGGAAUAGAGGAUGUUCGGGAACGAACAAAUACAAGAGAGGAUAGGACGCGGCGUCAUCCUCGGGAAACAACUUUUUCUACCGGGAAGAAAAUGCGACAUAGUCCUCGACAUCGCUGGCGAAGAAUAGGUGAGGGACUGGGUAGAGGUGUCAACGUGAUCAAACCCAAAGAAGAUGUAAGUGGAACUUCUAUGUUGACCAGGCGAGCGGAGGACAGUACUAGCACUAGGUCAGCUCCUAGUUGGGGAGGUGAUCCUAAAUCACAUGAGAGGAGGAGAAUAUCAGGUGGCAGUAGCAGUCCUCGUACUCGUAAAAGAACGAGAAGAACAAGAGCCUCAUUUUUUGGUAGAUCAACAAAAAAAAAAAAAUCGUUUUCCGAAUCGGGGAUGUCAAGACUUUCGUUAUUUUCCCCUGACGCAGGAGAAGACCCUGGCUGGCGGAAGAAUCCGGGCAAAAUGGGAAUAAGAUGUAGCGCUACAACUACCGAGUCCUUACAAGUACAACCUGAAAAGUUUGAAAGAACAGCCGAGGAGUCACCUUGUCGUUUAGGGUUUUGGAGUAGCCGAAAUCGAAGAACGACGUCCAGGACAAGAAUAUAUGCCAGAACAACUAGUGCAGUUCUUCAUAGUAGCACGACAUGCAGUUCUCCCAUCCCAGACGGAGUGCAAGCCCUUCAUGUUUCCCACGGAAGUAGCCGCCAUGACCCUCCACCAUCCUUGUCAGGAAAGUCGGGAUCUUCCAGUAGUUUUUCCACAACUCUUAGCAAAACAUACGGGAACAAGCAAAAGUUGCAUAGAUGGUGUCCUUCACGAACAAGUAGUGGUAAGCCAAAAAGCGGAAAAACGAGGAGUAUGAGAAACUUUUUAGCUACGACUACUUUCGUGACCUCUACUUUGCUACAACUACAUUCCGACUUUUUUAGUACAGCCUUAGCGGGAGAAGAGCGGAAGGAGAAAAGACAAGCGAGGACAGCGACAGUAGAGGACGUCGCUUUCGAUCCGGGUACACAGCAGUUGAAUCUGCAAAUUUCCUUAGAUGGCUCUUCAAAAAACGGAAAGCAGGAAGCCUCAGGAGGCAAGAGCGACACUAAGACCUCCACGCGGAUACUUGAAGGUAAGCUCUAUCACCGUGAUAGAAGCUACCUCGACGCCACUAGUGCAACAAGCGCGGAGAUGAUAGAUCAGUAUGGCGAAGCAACUGGUGCUGGUGAAGCGGGGACUAGAAAUUUCACACCGAAAAAAGGAACGUCAUCAACAAGUAAAACCAAUACUUCCCCUGUGGACGACUUAGAACGAGCAAAGAGGAGGUUAGAAAAAGAAGCCACUAGUACUAGUAAAGAUGCUAGUACAUCUAGUAAGGAAAACGAUGCUCCUGUUGAUACAUCAGCCUCUGCAUCAACCUCUAGUUUAUUCGCUGGUACUUCUUCUAGUUUUUCUUCUUUGUACUACUCGAAGCUGCGGAAGUUAUUCGAACCCUUCAUGGAGAAAAGGCUUAGGAGGUUAGUCACGUACGGUGCUGGAGGAGGCGCCACUACACUGCCCUCAACGAACAACUGGGGUGAGGCGACGUACACCUACAUCGACGCCAAUGGAGGAGCUUCGACUUCAAUUGUGCCCACGAAUACAGGACUCAACGCGUGGCUCUUCGCAGGGGCGUUGAUAACAGGGAUUAAUUAUGGACCAUGCAAAUGUUUAAAAACUUGUUCUAGAAUAUUGAUGCAGAAAAACAUUAAACAUUAACAUCUCGACUUCAGUGGUGUUUGUCACAAACGCUAAUGUUUGAGCUGCAACAUGAUCAGUGAUAUCAUUAUAUAUAAUAUUAGUUGUACUUGGGCUAUCUUGUACUACUAAUUUUACUGAUUGUCAACUUAGGCGAUCUUGUACUACUAAUUAUACUGAUUGUCGAUUGAUACUCAGAGGCUACGCAGUUCUUGACUUCAGAGGUUUGUGCAACACUGCCUGCUCAUCUCUAACCCGUAUUGAAGAUCACGAAUACUGGAGACGACUGGGCUUUGGGCAGUACUGCUAUGAAAAUCCGAUUCGUGAAGCACUCAGUGACUCCAACAACGGGCAUGACAGUAGCGACAGCGUGUAAAGACGGCGCGGCGACGGUGCUUGAGUGCGACGUCUUGCCUACUCUGUGGUGCGCUGGAGGAGGCUUAGGCGGCUUUAUACGGACCUCGACGACGGAAAUGGAUAAACUAGAUGGAAAUCCACCUGCUAUUGCCACUGAUACAGCAUUGUCAGUGAAUCCGGGGCAUGCGUAUUAUCAAGAUAUAAUAAGUUUUUGUUGUCUUUACUGUGUUAAGUAGAAGAAAAGCACAACACGAGUCCUAGACGUAGGAGUAUUGCAUUUCUUAUUCAAUCAAUUAAUCAAUCAAUUCCAAGCUGACCAAGCGUACAUUGCAUUUGUUUCGUGCGCACCAUGUGAAUUAUUCAAACUGCUACUACAACUACAUGAAAUAAAAACAGGUUAACAUUCAAGCAGGGUGGUGUUUUCCAACUUUGUUGGUCUGUAGACGGAACGUCUUGGGACAACGCGGAGCUGUGGCGUGGUAUGAUUCACGUGAACGGGUACUUCGAUACGGGAUUUUGCACCGGACAGCCGACUUCAACCUGUAUGCUGGACGUGCAGAACGCGUACAACUGCUUCAUUCUGAAGAAUCAGUACAACAACGCAGCCAACCGGUACAUCACGUUUGGAACGGUGAACAAAUACCCGACGAACUGCAUCAUCGGUUCGGACACUACGGAUGUAGUUUCCACGGAAGGACAGUACUCUACUCCAUCAUCAUGCUACUUUUCUGUUGAUUUUCUGUGUUCAAGAAUGACUUAAAUGUUAUGAUGAAUAGUCUUAUGUGCUGAUGUAGUAUGCUGGGUAUGCACGACAAGUUAUGAAGAUUCAAAACACCUCCGUAAGCAAUAAUCAGGUUCAUCGGCAAGACGAACACUAUUGGUGCAGCUUUUUUUCCGAAUGCAGUGACAAACCAAUACGGAUACGAGGGCGACUACACACAGCCACCUGGGACCAGUAACUUCUACCCAGCCAGUUGGUCAGCGGAAUAUUAUGGAGUUGGAAUUUGGAGAUUUUUUGUUGGCAAAAGAAACUACUUAGUUUCCUGGGAGUUGGUUUUUUACUGGUAGAAUUAUUUCCCAGUGUUGUAGAUGUCGAUGUCAUUGGCGGUAAGAACACCAGCUUUUGCAAUACCCUUCUCUAAUUCCCUUCGUAUCCCUCAUCAACGACCACCUUGGAACAAGCUGCCUCCGCUUCAGCCUGUGGAACUUCGACGCCUUCUACGAAACUGUGUAAGUACGGUAUGGAUUGCAGCGCAGGUGAGUACGCUUCGAAGCUUAUUGGUGCGUCUUCAGUCAACUUCAACCUUCCCGCAACGAAGAACAAUUUAGCGGGUCCGACCUUUGUGCCCUUCACUGUGGGGCUUUGCUGGUGCAGUUUCGGCUCAGGCUGCACAAAACCAACUGUGUUGGGAACGUUUAGCAGGUAGAUUUUUUUGCUUGCGUUUGAUUCAAUUUCAGGAGUCAUUUUUUCUUCGACGAUAGCAAGAAAGCACCAUACUAGCAAGAAACUUUUCUCCGAGAAAAAAAUUCUCCAAACCACGACUCAGGUACCGCCAACAAAUCGGUAUCGUUAAUUUCUACCUGAGUAAAAUUUGUCGUGCGAAUGACGCCUCUUGCGAUCCCGACUACUCUGGUGUCGCUCCAUCGGUGUUUUUCAAGGUGCGCGUUCAAUGUCCGAAGUAUGCCUGUGCGGCUACCAGUACGAACCGGGUGAAAAUCGUAAUGCAACCUCAAGAUCCAGCCGUUGAUAUCGAAACGGACAAAUCUGCAUGGGAUACGAAUAACCGGUGUAGACGGACUGUUAUGAUUUUGUGCCGAUGAAAAUAUCUGAGUUCAUUCUAGGUACUAAGCAAGUACUCGAAAGUAAAUUUAUACAUUAGUAUCACUUUUCCCUUUCUAGUACUUCUGUCACCUGAUAUUGAUUCUCCUCUAAGCCCCGCCCAGCACACGGCGUCACCGUUCCCCCAGUCGCUGGAGCACCUGCUGGGAAGGUCAUUCUGACCGAUCCUUCCGAUAUCAGCACGAUGAGCGGAGGUUCCGAUAGCGAAAUCAAAGAUUUUCCGUCUUUAACCGGCGACGUCACGACGAUUUACCCUCAGGGGUUUAUGUUCAACUACGACUCAGCCUUCUACGAACGUGUGCAGAAGCAUGACCAGGUCAUGUUCGACGUCUGCUACUGCGAUUCCAACUGCGACAGUUUGCUGCCGGCAGACGGAAAGAACUGGUUCAAAGUUGGUCAGUUGCGGUUUGCUGGGUAUCGCCUGGUCUCGGUGGCUUAUGAAGCGGCAACGACGCCAUCGGCAUGGGCGGUGCAGUUCAUCGAGGAAGGUGGUAUUGUAGGGUUUCGGCGUGAGGUCGAUGACUACGACGUGAUGGGCCUGACGGAGAUGGGCAUCUUGAAGAUCGUACCAGACAACGACAAAACCAUGACCGAUGCGUUGUGCAGGAGUACAGUGUACGAUUCGCAGUUGAUCCAGUCGGGUUUGAACAGCGAGGGCAACGCAGUGAGCGCUUAUCGAGGAACGCGAACGACUGGUGGUGUUGCGGCCGACAAAAACAAGAUGAUCUUCAACACGGGAAGUUUGACAAAUACGGUCCAGAUCAAAAAAGCAGGCAUCGUGGCGAUUUGCUACUGUCAGUGGGCAGCGACAACGGGUUGCAACGACAAUGGGCUCUAUUGGGUCUUGGCAGGUAGAACCACGAUCAAAGGACCGGUGGGCGGCGAAAGUUGGGAAUUCUCCACAUUCGUCGUGUUCUCGAUGGAGUACACGGGAUUCGGCUUAGCGAACGAGAACUUGCUAAGGAUCAUCCAUCCCGACGGAUCUUGCACUGACAACGGUGGCAAUCCAGACCGAGGGUCGUAUGCGUACACGUACCUGUACCUAGGUUGCCCAACUGGGUGCACGCAAGUGGGUGACGUCAACAGCGCAGUGAACGGCGAUUUAGUCACCCAAGUUUUGAGCUCGGAAAAGUUCGCGUAUUAAGGAGAACUUUUAUGUUUUUUGGGAACAAAUUUUGUUGUUGUUUGCGGAGGUUUUGAUGAUUUUGGAGGCAUGUAAUACUACGUAACUACUAGAGCAUACUUGUACUACUCUCGGACUAGAAUUCAACCACCACCACCACCAUUGACAACCACCACCAUCGACAACACCACCACCACCACCACCAUUGACAACCACCACCAUUGACAACCACCACCAUUGACAACCACCACCAUCGACAACCACCACCAUCGACAACCACCACCAUCGACAACCACAGAUGCGAUCCGCAUUUCCAGAACUGCCGCACUAACGAAAUUAAGUCGAUCACAGUGCUUUCGGAUACGGAGACGCAGAUUGAGUUUCAAGAGGCACCGGGGCUUACCGCAGGAGACCAGAUUGUUCUUGGAGACAACAUCGAAUGUCAUCCACAGAGCUACCAGUACUAGGGCUUACCUUGUUGUGAUUUUUGGUUUUUCCUUUGGCGGGUAGAUUGAUUUUUGUAUCACGUGUAUGAUCAACGUAGACAUCGGAAAUUGUACUACUUCAUGAAACAACAACUACAUUUAUCCCUCCCCUCCCAAAUCGGAAUCCUCGCAGAUGCACUCCCGAAAAACUGGCCCUUCUCAAGGGCAGUUACAACUAUGCUGACUACACUACAAAUGACGAUCGGGCGACGGAUGAGUACAUUGUGGCGCAUAAAGUUACUCCAGAUCCGAACAACGACCCGAAGUAUUUUCGAAUUCCUCUCGGUUUCCCCAAAAUCUGCUAUCCGAAUCCGUGCGGAGCCGGAGCAUGUAUCUAUGAUUCUAAAAAAUUCUUGUUUUUUGAUCAAAGCACUAAAUAAAACAACCGGUUCGUUUUUACCUCUAGCGUGUAGCCCUUCCAACAGUAUACUCUUGCUUUUUGCUCAUGUUAUGAAAAUGCAGAUUUUUUGGGCUUUAGCUCCUCUUCAUACAUGGCAUAAGAGUGCUCCUGGCCGCGACCUUCAUUAUGAGUGUCGUGGCUAGAAGUUGUAGCAGAAGAUUUGAAACAUGAAGAAAUGUAGGACGCAUAGGUUUUAUUGUCUUAGUAGGGGAGACUAUCCCACCACACACAGCGACCGGAAGACCGAUUUUCAACACCAAAAACGGCGUAAACUUCGGAAAAUGGAAGCGGGUCAACAAAGCCUUGACCAAGUGGGAGAUUAAGGGUGAACGGGAAUUGCAGAAUAUGAAGGUACUUAUUUAAGUUUUGGAGGAUUAAGUUGGUUUGACAUUUGCGUCCGAGCGCAUCACAUUUUGACUGCACAAUUUUCCAUUUCGUAUUGUGACUCAGAUUUCUUCCUGUUGUUUCACCAUCUAACUAACAAAAUUCUUCCUAAACUCCAAGGUCUGCUGGCACUACGGUUCCAACGUUGGAAAAUACGUCACCGAAGUCGGCAAAUUGACCCUCAAAGCCUCUGACCCUAUGGGCGUCGCCGCAGUGCAAAUGACCACCAAACUCUACAACGUCAAAGCCCCUGUCCUCAUCAGUUUCAAGACCGCGGGAUCUAUGACCGGGAAGAUGUACACACAGGCGCAAGGACCGACGCAGAUACGAUUUUUGUUCCAGGACAACACGAAGUUCGAAGUCUAUCAAAGUGACUUUGACGCCAGUCCUAUUGCGGACAAUGCGCUAGAAGACGAUAUGCACGAAGCGACACAGGCAGUGUGUGGAAAGUUGUUCAUCGAGUUGUGGAGCAACGACGUGGAAAACGGAUUCCCGAUGCCGAAGGUGAUUCACCUCGAUCAUUCUAUUCGAGUGGUGUCGUAGUGUUGGUAGUGUUGUCCACUCCUUCGGGAGAACGGCCUGCAACUGAUUUCUGUCCCCUUAAUAGGCUGUGCGCUUCCUCUUACUACCCUUCGGGAUCACAUCAGGAACUGUUUUGUCUUGCCGAAGGUAGAGGGUGACCCUUCGAGAUAAUGAUGAUGGUGAUGAUGAUAGAUGCAGUAUGAUUGUAAAAUUUGUUUUCUUCUAAUCUCGCUUGCUUUGGUAAGUGACCUCUUUCUAACUAUUCACUAAACAAAAAACAGGGUUGCUAUUACAAGCGGUACGCGAUUUCCGGAACGAGGAGCACGCGUGAAUUGUUUAUCUAUUUCGACGCCAAGAACGGUCUUCGCCCCGCAACGGAUUAUAUGCUUGUGAUGAAUGGUGAGCUGCGAUGCGACGAGUCCCAGGCUGCUGGCGCGUGCACUGACACCUACGCUGCGCAGAAGGGAGGGGAAUAUUUGUUAUGGAUGUGGAUUUGAUGGAAUUUUUGAUUUACACAUGAUCAUGUGCAUGUAGCUCCUUAUGACUGAUCAUGUAGCUCCUUAGGUGGACACGAAGUUUGUAGACCUAGACACCUCUAAUCUCCGAAAUCUUCACGAUGGACGAUGUUUCGAUCAAUCCUUACAAAGCCAUUGAGCGCGGCAUCGCGAAGUUGAACCGACAACCAGUCAAGCGUGACACCGCUACGGAUGAGUCGACGCCACGUUUUGCUGAACCCAUUGGUUGCGAGCUGCUUGGCGGAAAUCAAUAUUUGCGACAGCUCUCACAGGCAGACAAGUUGAUGUUCCGGUUUGCGGCACAGCCAACCUAUCCGAUUAAGCCGAGCUACAUCGUGCGAAUUUAUUUGCAGCCGAUCACCGUGUGGAAGACGGGAGAUAGCUGUAUUGCAUUUGUACACCGUUUUGUUAUGUUCUUGUGUAAGAUAUUUUUGACCGCAACAAGAACAACAUGAUUACCUCAACACGCUUAACCGCAACAAGCCGCUCUGUCUAAAUUGCCUCAGAGGCGUGCCCCUUAAGCGCCUCAAAAUGCUCCUCCUUAAGUGCCUCGGAGGCGUGUCCCCUAAGCGCCUCAAAAUGCCCCCCUUAAGUGCCUCAGAGGCGUGCCCCUUUAGCGCCUCAAAAUGCUUCCCUUAAGUGCCUCAGAGGCGUGCCCCUUAAGCGCCUCAAAAUGCCCUCCCUUAAGUGCCUCAGAGGCGUGCCCCUUAAGCGCCUCAAAAUGCCCUCCCUUAAGUGCUUCAAAGUGAUGUACUUACUUUGAGUAUUUCAAAAUGGUGGGCCUUGGUUGUUUCAGUAGUAGCGUCUUCCUUCCCAAAAGUACCAUCAAAAAAACCUCCAGGCUCCGUCCGCUGCGCAAACCCUGGCGCUGACAACGUUGUUUGCCGCUACACCAGUACCAGUAACAAGUGCGUCGGCGAACCCGUGGUCGCGCAAUUUGAAGGCCAGAACGAUGUCGACUUGAUCAAGCAGCCUGCUAGCAGCAACAACAUCAUCAAACUGACGUUGCCCUCCGAAAUGACCAUCAUGCCGAAGGCAGCCCAGUUUGCGGGCCAAAUCACGCAGACCUUCGAAGUUGCAGGUGUGACCAUUCCGAACAAGGGUUUCUUUCCGACCAGAGCUGGCUGCCAAGUGACCACCGCAGACGAUAUGAAGCCGAAUUACAUCAGAACCAGCGGCAACUACUUCUGGAAGGAACCGGAUGCGGGUCAGAACAUCGCGAAAAUCGUCGACGUUUUCGGCGAUGGUAAUCAGGCACCGUUCAAAGGUGACACGGACAACGUGCUCUACGUGAAACUUGUUUUGGGCAUCACAUCUUUUGCGGCCAACCUGCAUGCAGCUGGCGAAUUAGCGUCUGCAUACAUCACGGUGAACUUCCCACAAGGGUACAGGUGCAAAAUCCCCAACCAACUCGGAUUAGACGAAACAGGGCAAAUCAGCUAUUUGCCAGCAACCAGCUACCAUCCAUGGGCAGCGGAGUCGAGCUUGAACUUGAUCAAGCACCUGCUACCUCAAGGACGAGGUACGCCAGAUACACUGCAGGUUUUGCCGAGUUUCGACAGUUCAUCGCCAAUGAACAGUCAUGGUUGGGAAAACGCUGCUGGAGAUCCAAGCACUUGCGUCUACAAUUAUGGCUGCAUAGCGAAGGAGAGGAAUAUUUCUGCAUAGUGAAGUAGAAGAUAGAAAUUUUAUUUAAUACCAUGACCUAACUUCAUUUUCCUCAACAAAUUCCACAAAAAACUCGCAACCUUAGAAGGUACAACAACAACUCUUCAUGCAAUAUUUAAUACUGCAUAGUGAAGGAGAGGCUGCCUAGUGAAGGAGAGGAAUAUUUCUGCAUAGUGAAGUAGAAGAGUAUAGAACAGGGUUCGCUUUUCCCUCUUUUAUUAGGUUGCACUUCUAAUCCGGGAUGGACCAAUACUGAAGGAGAGGAAUAUUUCGGCAUAGUGAAUUCUCUUCAUGCACACGGUGAUAUUCUCUUCAUGCAAUAUUUAAUACUUGAAUUUAGAUUUACAACAUUUACGAGAAUAGUCCAUUUGAGAGAAUACAACCGGUUAGUUUUCACCUCGACUCUAUUAGACUUAUCCCUUGCAACAACAUUUACGAGAAUAGUCACUGGAUCACACACACACACACACACACAACUGGAUCACACACACUAAUCCCUGAUGGAGCAAUACGGCAUUUUGUACCGUGGUUCUGCCUUGAUGAUCAAGUUCCUUGUCGACAACCCGCCUACUGCGAUGCAGAAGAACGACACGUUGAACGAGUGGAAGCUUACCAUCACAGGCAAAGGCGAAUUCACGACUCUACUCCACACUCAACCCAUGAGAUUCAAGGCUCUGGAGUCGAACUUUUCGGCGAAUGUUGCUGUCUUAGGAUUCUUAACCGAAGCAGUGAUUUCCCCAGCAAUGUUUAUUGGCGCAACGAAUCCAUUACGAGGUCCGGUGCACCACGAGUUGUAUGUGUUCUUUAAGACGGAACAGAGUGCAGGAUAUAUGGGGUAUAAUUACGGAUUUUUUUGCUGCGGAUGAGGAUGAGCUUAUCUUCUAUUUGUGAGUUUUAAGGGUAAAACUUUUCUAUAACGUGAAGCAGAAGCAAGAUCUUGGUCUUCAACGAACAUCUCCCACAAAACGUCUCAAGAAUCACAGUUACGUCGCCAUCGAAGCUCCGAAGAACCAAGAUCCUGUGCCCACCGAUGUGAUGCAGCGUAGUGGCUACGUCUUCCCAGACCCCUGCGUUGCCGAAGAGCUGCCUCACGUCUACUACAGCAGGCUUGCCGCUUCCGAGAACCAUGUGGCUACAAAUUUCCUACCCGGUGGAGUGAGGGAAUGCGUCUACGAUCCAGUCCCGUACAACCGCGCCCUUGUCGGUGCUAACGGCAUCAUCCAGGGUGGAGUGAAAUACGGGUUCAAGAUCACGGCGAUUGCACCCUACGUCUAUGACCCAGUGCUGCAGCAGGAGUGGAAGCUCUUCACUCUGGACUUCGCCAAGCAAAGGAUUGACGGCACAAAGCAAAACGUCCCGUUUUCGACUGGAUUGCACAAUGUCAGCUACGGCCUAUAUGAAGACGACAUUGCCAACAUGCCUUUGGGAAAGACCGGACCAAGGAUUAGCAUCGUGCCGAAAAUCGUUGGACCGCCAGUGGUUGAAGGCGUGUACAAAGAAGGAACAGUGGAGAUUCAUUUCACGAUGACGAAAUUCUAUGCGUCCAUGACCGGUGUCAAAGUGCGCAUCAGCGCUCCAGCAGGUUUUGCUUGGGAACCAACGACCCGGUUUGGAUACAAGCAAGCAGCUUCGACAGCAGCAGAGUUGGGGCCUACCGGAAUCGCAACAGAUUGGCCAGGUGGCGGCUCCCCUGUGGUGUUAGCGGAUGCGCCUCAUGUGCUUUAUGAUUCGCUUAAUUUUGAUUAAAAAAGUAGACGUAGUCAUAAGUAGUCACCAGGGAAAUCUUAGGCAACUGGUGGAAUAGAUCCGAGGCACGAGAUGUCCCAAGUAGUUCAUGUGUUCAACAGUAGAAGCUACUUUUCAACAACAUGAUCCAUACUGCUAAUCUCCGCAGUUCGAGACUGCCGGAACCUGGACCUUCAGCGCUGCCGGAACCGAGCUAUACGGUUUCAUUUGUAAUGCGCAAGUACCCAAGUAUGGUCCGACGAUGUCGCCUGCCUUCUUCUUCAUCGAGUUUGGCUAUGACGGUGCGAGCACUGCGCAGCGACCGUUUGCUGGUGUCGUCUCCUUCGUCGGCGUGUCCAGCUUGGUCAAUGCUGUGGUGGAUUACAGCACCAACGUGGCAGGGAAAGAGAGUAUCUUAACUUUCGAAGUCGAAACGAAAACGUUGAUUCCGCAAGGUGGCGGUCUGGAGAUCAUUGGACCACAGGGAUUCCAGGUGAUGCACAAGACGGUGAUUGAAUCGACAAAGGAGAACUACGUGUCAUUGCCUACGGACGUGACAAUUACAGAGUCGACAACAAGUGUGGCGGGAAGUGGAGGAACUGUACUAGAUUUUUAGUUCGCUUGAUUUGGUUUAUGUUCCUUGAUAGAAGUAGAAGUAAUUUUUGUAGCAUUUCUUGAGGAUACACAAAGGCUCCCCACGACCGUAGGAUGAAAAUCUCUUUUCCCCUCUGUCUUGUAAAACUCAAACUUUCAUGUUUUCUCCUUUAAAAUCUCCUUCUUUUCCACAAUCGUCAGGUGAUCAAGCCCGUCCUCGAGAUCACAGCUGGUCUUAUGGGCAUGCCUGCUGCGCGCUACGCAUUCUCUAUUCUCUUCAUCAAUCCGACGGUCCCCAUCGUCCAAGAAGUGUCUGCCAGUAGCAGUUGUGGUUUCACUCAGUGCUGGGAUUUCGCUACUUACAGUACGAUGGUGGCCCCUCGAUCCACUGCGAACUAUAUCGACACCCCCAUCGCAGCCGGUGGCUUCAGUAUCAACACCAAAUUAACCGAAGCAGCCUUAGUUGCGACGACUACGGCACAGCGCGUAGCUACGGACCGAAACGAUCGACCGCUGAAAAGGAAUAACUUGAUUUACGUGUUCAAGAUGAAGAACGAUGCGACAGAGAGCAGAUGCACGAAUAUCGAGCCAGGGUAUACAAUUAAGGCUUCCCAUUAUAUCCAUCUGCCCCCGAAGCAUCUUCUUGGUAGCUUUUUUUAAAGGGACGACAUGUAUGCUUCCUAAGAUGCUUCCUAAGAAGCUCUUCCAAAUGGGGAAGCUCUAACACAAGGUGCAUGACUCUGAAACUGCGUGGCCCUAAGGGGUUUAUCUUUUCAGAUGACUGCUUGUCAACAGUAGUUGUCGACGAAGACAAGGUGUUUGGCGCAGGAAACAAAUGGCCGCCAACCUACGCCGUUUGGCCAUAUAAGGUAUGCAGCUUUUUGAUUUUUCUUAGGCUGAAAUAAGUUGAUCUCGAUAUUUUGAGUGUGAUUCACUUAAUGUAGAUUCAUACGAGGUAGAUAGUACAAUCUACUAGAUUCAAUCUACGAACAGCAAUUGGCAGGUGCAGAGAAGGUCUUCAUCAUCAACAAGAAGAGAACAUGAUCAUUGACAUCUGGGCUUACAACUCUCAAUUAAUAUCUACUAGAUACAGUGGUCUACGAAGAAAUCGGAACUGAUUACCACGUCCUCACCUCCUGUCGCUACUCACACCAACCAGGUGAAAGUAACAAAGUGCACUGGCGGUCCAGGCCCUCAAGCUGAAUUGCAAGUUGAGGGACCAGAAGGGCGUCGCUCUCUCGAAGACAUGGCUGUUGAGGGCAUUAAUACAGUUAAAGAGGACACCAAAAAAGCAGAACUAGACAAAUCCUUCAUGCCUCAAGUCAUCCCCUACGAACCAAGAGCAUUGGACGAAGACGAAGAGGAGAAAGAGGACCAUGGAGGGAAGAAGACUAGAACCUUGAGUCAACUGAACAAGCAUUCGCCAUAUCUGGUUGCGAACGACGUUUACGCGUUUAGAAUUGGCGUCUUGAGCAAUCCGAAGCGAACACCGUCUCCGAAUACAUGGACGAUUGAUGUGAGUGAUGAAUCCUCAAUGGCCUUUCCCGGAUUCACGUUGUGGACGUUCACGAAGUACUAGUUUGAAUUUUACCUUGGUAAUGACAAAUGGUGCUAGUGUUUGAGAGUUUGACAGACGUUUAGUUGGUGCUAGUGUUUGAGAGUUUGACAGGAGACGUUUAAUUUGAGAGUGUCUUUUUAUUACCGAGUGAGUAAGCAUGAUACCACGACAACCACUUGUUUUUUGAAACGACAAUCUUGAUCUUCCUCGUCUCUUCCCACAAACAGUCUCGAAGUGAAGCCAGUUUCCACUGCUCGCCGCCAAGCGGCAACCGAUAGCAUUCCAGUCGCCAAUCCCGUUCGUUUCACUUUCCGACCUUGGAACACCAUUCCCAUUAACGGCGUUCUCCGCGUUACAGCCAAGGCACAGCCACUUACUACGCAGAACUUCCGCUUCGUAGCCGCCAACUUCGAGUGCACAGCUCAAGUGCAAGCAGAAGAUUGGGUCGAUGAAAAGGGACGUUUGAACAAGGGUCGUAGGUGGGGAGAGUCCGAGACAAGUUGUCGUGUGUCGGAAACAGAUGACAAAGUGACGCACCUAAGGCUGAUCGGAGCAACCAUGGAAACCGGAAGGAACUAUCGAGUGAUCAUCGAAGUGAACAAUCCAUUGCAAGAACGUUAUGGAAAGGAUGAAUGUUUUAUUGCUUUGAAGUGGUUGUACUUGUAAUGCAUAGAAGAAAUAGUGGAUUUCCAUACUUGCCGCGUUUGUAGGCUCUGAAAAAAAUCGAAGAACGCAUAUUCAUCAAGGUCGUAUUUUCUACUACAAUUAAGAGUCACGCAGGAGGUCCUACAAUAUAAACUCAACAUUUUCACAGACUUGGACUCAUUUUCACAGACUUCGAAUCUGCUAAUCUGUCGUCGGCCACAAGUACAGCUGGAAGCUAGAGUCUUUCUCCAGUGAAACUGCGGAUCCUAGCUCUGCCCUCGAUGAAUCCGAUGUCGAAUCUUUCAUGGUGAACAUGGUCACUUCUGAAGUCCGCCGUGGUUCUCCCCCUCAAGUCGUGCCUCUAGUCGUGAACCAAGACGUGAACGGCGUCCAAGUGCGCAAUGGUAUGAUGGAAGUGCGAGAUUUGACGUUCACUUUCGCUUUUCCGGACCAGAUUUUGCCUGGAGACUUUUUGGUACUGGAAGCGCCGACUGGGUUUGUUUUGCAAUCUAGAUUUGCAGAACCAGCGAGGAAGCAAUGCUCCGCGUUCAAGUGGCUGCCGACAGAGGAGGAGAUCAUAGCACAGCAAUUGCCACCACAGAACAACUUUGGAGACAUGAAUGCGGACCCAAAAACGGCGCCAAGAUGCACAAGAAACUUGAUGAUGUUCGAAAUUCAAGCGGGAGUCACUGUACUAACAUACUUUGUUGGAAUAUGGCUAACAUACUACUUUGUUGUAAUAAAUGGCUGUAACAUACUACUUUGUUGUAAGGAAUAUGGUGGAUUUUAUUGUGGUAAUAAGUAUGUACCCCUGAGGACAUUCCCAACAAAUCGUCGUGUAUCGCGUUCAACGAGAUGAAUCCUUCGACACCUUCAACUUCUUAAUCCCCCUCUCUACGCAAUAACGCAAAAACGCAAAAACAGAAGGACGACGAAGAGAUUUUCCAGUUGUCAGUUGAUACGAGCAAUCCCGCUACGACGCCUUUCGUUUUCGAGAACUUCUUUAAAGUCACCCACUGGCGAGGCAUUGAUAAGUCCGUUAUCACUCCUCUAUGCGUCCAACCUGGAGCACUCUGGAAUUGCUUCAUGGAUACGCUGCUCGGUACUUCAUUUAUUGCAUGCUUUUUUUAGGGUGAUGACGAAUAGUCAGCACUAGAGAUGUACACAUUUGACAUGACUUAGUUCUGAUCAGCCGAGUCACUGGAGCGUGAAUGUCACGACCUGGAGGAAAGCCAACGAGUUUCAUACAUGAAGAUCAUGAAAAAACCUGUGAUCAUUAAGGAAAUCUGUCCUGUAAUACAUGUAGUCACCUAACUACCCAAGAACCUAUAUCACAGGCACCGCGGACACAGUUGGCCUGUACGAGUGGGACAAGAUUCUAGAGCUCCAGCCUACAGCUCAGAUCCGUUCCUCCGAGGUGAUUCGGUCUUGGGAUAUUUUGCCUCAGCUCGAAAACGUCAAGAUUGAGCUCACUGGCACUAUGCAAGCUGCUAAAGCGUAUAGUGAGAUCACUGUGGAAUUUACAGCAGUCAGCGACGCAAACGAACUCAGGAUAGUGGCGAACGAGCCAUUUGGUUUCAUGUUCAACUCGGCUGCAUUGCCUUUGACGCUGAACCUUAUGAAGUGGGUCCGUCGCUCGUUGUGUAGAUGAGAGAUUGAUGGUGACAGUUGUAGUUAGUAAGUUUGUUCAGGGAGGAUUAGAUUGGAGUAAUGCAGGGAGGAAGUCAAUGCGGAGGAGUGACCGCUGAGUAGUAAGUAGAGGCUAGCUUUUCAUUUUUUCGUAACAAAGUUUCGUCUAAUCCUUCCGAAGGCGCCAUCGUGGAUCCCCUGAACCCGCCGACUGGUGCCAGCAUCAACAUUCAAGUGCCGAUUGCGGCUACCGCAAGGAUCCGACUGGUCAUUUCCAUGGUCAAGCUAGCAAACCUAGGUGGUCAGACGGACUUUGACAUCACCACGUUCGGAGGGACUGGGAGUAUCAAGGCAAUGGAUGAGGCCUUGAAGUUCCGUAAUGGGUUCCGCUUACCCGGUUUCAUCGACAAGCCGCGCGAUCCUCGGAUCUACUCUGAGUACGAACGCGUCUCGGACAACUACCCCAUUAAGAGUGGCUUCUUCGUGCAGAUGGGGUCUCUCUGUUACGCGGACUUCCACAUGCGAUUCAGCACUGCCGUCCUUCCCGGACACACGUUAUACAUCAACGGUGCACCGUACAAAACGGAACUGCGAAACUUCAAGAUUACGCGGUACAACAAAGAGGAAGCGCCAUGGUUCAGGUCUUUAGAUCCGACACAUGAAGUGCCUGCGCAAGUGUCGCAAGUCAGUGCAGGAAGCCUCACGGCAGUGAUUUGUCCAGACGGUUGCGCAGCGCAAGGAGGACUGCAGUCGAUGAUCUACUACUCGGUACUAGUGAAUUUCGAACUUGUACCGGUCACUACCUAGCAUGGCCACCUGAAAAAAGAAACAUCUUCAAAGGUACUGAAAAAGUAAAAGAAACAUCUUCAAAGGUACUGAAAAAGUAAAAGAAACAUCUUCAAAGGUACUGAAAAAGUAAAAGAAACAUCUUCAAAGGUACUGAAAAAGUAAAAGAAACAUCUUCAAAGGUACUGAAAAAGUAAAAGAAACAUCUUCAAAGGUACUGAAAAAGUAAUUCUCCAUACCUUGUUACAUUUUGCAAACUACAACAGAUCACGGUAGCCUUAGUCGCGCCAUUCCAGAUGGGAGAGACGUGGACUUUCAAGACUUUUGAUGGUGGAGCCUUGCCUACAAACACCAACGAUGGACAGCAAGGACAGCUGAGACCGAAUAUUGUGUCGCCGUAUGGCCUAAGAGUGACUGGUAUUAAUACUUUCAUCUUCCGAUGGAACUGGUAUAAAUACAUCGUCCGAGGAUGGAACGGAAAAUAUGGUGAAUAGGUGACAAGCAUGGAUCUCUUCAGUGAUUUAGCACGACCAUGAAGGGGCUCAUAAUUUCUCACGAUGACAGCUGCUAGUAGAUCAUGGACAAGUAUCCUCUCAUAAAAUUAAUUCUCCUCUCAAAAAAUAACUAACUUACUAGACAGCACUGUGUUAUUAUCCUUUCACACUCACAAAACCGCUUCUCCACAGCUGAACGUCGUUCACCACGAGCGCGGAUCGAAGUCAAAUUUGAGAUCGAUCCUGUCGGAACAUCGCCUGUGGAAAUGCAACUUAUUGCGCCGCCAUCGGUGAAUUUCACAGCAGGCGACUGCUUGUCACCGAACAAUAUGGCGGCAGGUAUGCCUGCUAUUUACUCCAUUAUAUUAAAUGCUAAAAAUCUGUCUAGUUUUGUUUUCGUACUAGAAAGUAGUUCGAGUUUCAUCUUGUGCUAGAAAAUCAUGUUGACAUAAAGACACAAUGGCAUGAGUCAAAGAAGCAUUAAGGAUCAAUUCUAACAUGAUCCAAAAAUCACCACCACCACUACACCUACCACAACUACACCUACAGAUAUCGUCUCCUGCCAACCGCUGCAAGCUGUAUUGGGUAGGGCAAAGGCGAGGUUGGUCGUUGUCCAAGGUGGACUCACUGGACCGAUCGUGGUCACCCUGAUGAUGGAUACUCCGAGACAGACACCUUAUACUAAGGAGUUUUACGUGGAAGGUAUAGUAGAUACAUAAAUGGAUUACUUGAUUCUUUUGUAUUUUUGUUUCCUAGUUAGGUGUGCUCCACCGAUAAUAUCAAAGACAAAAAUACAAAUACUGAUAUAGAUAAGAAGUAGAUGAGAAGUGUGGUCUGUUUUGAUUAUUUUCAUGAUUCAAUUGGUAUUUCGUUUUUCUGUUUGCUUGUUCUACGUCUUGUUUUAUGAUCUUUGCGACAAUAUUAAUGCAUUCUGUCUGCCGAUCGCAAUCCCACCACAAAAGGUACAGAAGCUAUCUCUCUUACAGUCUUAUGUCUUUUACCCCCUAAAAAUUUCGUACAGGUGCGUCCCAAACCCAAGAAGUCAAAUGUCUUUUUACCCUAUGCAAAUGCAUUUCAUCUCCACUCGUAGGUACGUCCCAAACCCAAGAAGUGAUUGGCUGGGGCGAAGACAAAGUAGGCUUCGACAUUCGGCAGAUGCAAGCGAAUAUCCGGUACACCGGUAUUCAAGACCAAGAGAGUGAAUUGAUCUUGAAUUUCGUCACAGUCGAAACGCUGUCAGGUGGAGGCAUCAUUGUGGUGGAGCAUCCUCCAGGCUUCGAAGUCAAGUGUGAUCCGGCGAAUCUGCGGAAAAUUUCUUUGCCCAGUAGUUCAGGAGAAAUCGAGUGCACAAAUUAUGAUGAAGGACGGACUUGAACUUGAAUGGCCUGAUGGUUGCUGGAGGUGGAGGAUACUCGUCUACAAGUGAACUAAGUAAAAUGGGUUUUGUGAAGGGCUGAUUUGAAUGGCCUGAUGGUUGCUGGUGGAGGACUGGUGUACUAAGUAAGUACUUGCAUUUGAUGAUUGCUGGUGGAGGACUGGUGUACAAGCAAACAGCAAAUUAGGGGAGCACUUGUUACUUAGUACACCAGUUCUCCAUUUCUGGUAGAACUAUGGAGAACUGGUGUUCUAAGUAUCAUCCUGUUGUUUUGAAGUUGGAUCUACUAGACUGGUCUUUGCAGAAAUAGCGGCUUUAAUAGUCAAAAGUAGUCAACACUCGUACAUCAAGGGGAACAAUUUAUAACCAUUAGUUUAAGGUAGAACAACUUACUGAGUAUUGCUCUCAUCUAGAAGUUGUAUGGUGAAUGUAAGUGACUUCUCUUCCAUCCUACUACGACAACGACAACAACAACAUCUUUAUCUUCUAAUCCUGACCCGCCAACGUCGCUGCAAAACCGCAAUUUAACCUGACGUUGGAGGAAACUUUGGUCUUUGGCGAGUAUAGUUUCGGCGUCCGCGCUCUGAUUCCUGGCUCUACGCCUACCAAUAACGUUUUCCAUUUGAUGCUCUUCGGCAAGUUAUGCUCAGGUGGCUUGCUCUUGAUUUUCAUCCCUCCCUGCAUCCUGAUGGUACCCUUUGCUCCCUCAUUUUUACAGGAUAGAAUAGCAAAUGCUAGGAUCAUAGGAUGCAAGGUACCAAGAGAUGCACAUACAGGCACUGAACUCUCUAAGCAAGGACAACGACGACAAAGCGCGCGACGCAGCCUUCAAUAUCAACGGUUUGAUGAUUCAGCCAGGCCUGGACUUGCGAGGACAAGGAUUGCACUGGACGAGAGCGGAAGCUGGGAAGCUGAGUGGGAUCACGCUGAGCUUCGAAGUCCGCGAAAGUCCUAAGAGCGAAGGAAACGUGCUGAAAACUCGGAUGGGAGAAAUUUUGAUCAAUUUCCCGCAAGGUUUUGUGCACAACAUCGACGCGCUUUCGCAUGUGGAAGUCUCAAGGCAAGCUCUAGACUUAUGAAGAAGAGGCUGCUAUUAUUUUUUUUGAGUGAUGAAGAUGAAUUAUUAUUGUCCUACUUAUAAUGGAGAAUAUCACUACUCUCCAUUUUUAAGUGAUUAAUCAUUAUCCAUCUUCUUUGCUUCAAGGCCAAAUUAGUAUCAGUUAGAUCAAGGACUACAUUGGAGCACACUCUUUCAAGAAGAUACAUCUUGUUUACAGAAGAUGCUGAAAAGCAUGGUCCUGGGUACCGCAGGUUGAUUCGUUUUUUCAACGUGAACAACUAGAAUUGUGGAGAAGUCCUCGAUUUGCAAGUGGUCCUCUAUGUAGCCACAAGUGUCCAUCGACAGGAAUGGUGGAGAACUCCACCGGACUACUACUUUCCCUCGUUGGUUCAUCGGAUAUUCUUAGGUAAGUUCUUAUUCACAAGUUCUCCAGAUGGAUUCGCCCUCCACAUGUCUGGAGACCUUGUGAAUAGGAACCCCCCACCACAUGGAUCGAUCCCAUCAUGACCACUACCUCCACACAGGAGUCACUCCGUUACCUCCACCUGUUUACUUCCACACAGUACCUCCACCUCUACCGAUCUAAUAGAUUCUGCCACGUCCGUUACUCCUGGUAUGUUUUUGGCUGUCCCCAACUGGCUCGACUACACGGAGAAGGAUAGGAUUCGCGUCUCACUGAUGUCGCCACCGGGUAUCCUCGAGAACGGGAUCUACAAGUUCACGUUUCUCUUAAGGCUUGCUCUAGAGGCUUUUUUGAGAUGCAAGAACAAUUAGAACUAUAUUAAUUACAAGAAGAUGAAAGAACACUUUGAACUAGUAUAACUACAGGUACAACUACAUACUAGACCCAUGGUUAGCUAUUGCAAGAUGAAAGAACUAGAAUUGGAGGUCAGAACUUGCUUGACCUUUCUUUUUUCGGUUUUUGUUUUUUCUAGUUGGGCCUGCACCAGGAACACCAUAUUAAUUAGGGACAACUUAGUACCAGAAGGUACUUCGUUCUAAUCCUCGUGACGAUGCCGACACAAGUUCCGCGGGAUAAUGUGUGGACGAUCUCGCUUUGCGAGGCUAAUGGGGGUUGCAUCUCAGCGAGCGACAAGACCGUGUUGAUCGUUUUCCCGGUUCCGGGUUUUUCGAUUGGCCAGUCACAAACCGGAGACUUGGUGGUUUCAUCACAAGUCUCCUCUGCGCAAACGAAGAAAGGCUUCGGUCUUGGCGGGUUUGGUCGAGUCGGAGGAACGACUAUGUACCACGUCCUCAUGGCAGCGAUUCCGUUCGUGCUCUCGAGUCUAUUCUUCGGCAGCAGGCAAUGGCUGCGCGCGUUCUGCUAACGAAAGAUAGAAGGAGGACUACUUGUGCAACAGGGAGGACUACUUUCGUAUAAAGAUGCAAGAAUAUUUUUAGCAUAAAUAGAAGUAGUAGUUACGAAUGUCGUGGACUUUCGAUUUAAUCUUCAGAAUUUUCAAUCACCUGAUCUCGAGAAAGGCUACAACAAGUUGUGUAAAUAGACAAGUUGUCUACUAUUUUACUUAUUUCAUCGAAUUAUUUAGGAACUGAGACAGUCUAUGAGACUAAGUUGUGACGUGAGGGCUGUACUAAACCUCCGCGACGUGAUAUAUUAACCAUAAAUUCAUUCGAUAGUUUCAUCGAUAAUCUUACUAUUGCCUCGUAUGGUGCAGCCGCUGUGAAGCUCCGUCCGCAUGUACUGUCACCAAAACCUAACCUUGCUAGUGCGAUAAGACUAGGGCCGUGGUCACCUUGUUGGAGAUCUACUUCGUUUAAGAUGAUUGAUCAUUGCUCCACCAUAGGGCGGGUACAAAGUAAGCGAGUAGGACAGUGGUACUAACGGGAGAAGUGCUGCUGUACCACUCUAUUCUACUAGAAUGGUGCUAGAUUGUUGAAGAUUCCACCCGAUCCUCUGCUUCAAUUCAUCAAAACUGAACUAGUCUUUCUGUUGGAAGACGGAGUAUAAUUCGCUCCUGAGAAAUAUACCAAUAAUGGAGUUCUUCGUGCAACGAUCGCGGAUGCAUUCAACGAGGCAGCAAGUUGAAACUACGCAUUGAUAGGGCCGAUACGGAUAAUGCUGUGCUAAAGCUACACUAAUUUAGAUACUUCGUCUAAAAUGGGAAAGAACUAAAUAAUAUCGCUAUUUAUAAUCGCAUAUCACGUGACUCAAGAUUCUUCAUCGUUCAUGUGUACUUAAUUUGUUUGAUGAACUACACGGCUUUGAUGUAUUAUUGAGCUUCUUUUUCAUGCACUGCAGACUAACAAACAGGUUCUUCUUGACUAAAUUUUGAAUUCAUUUUUUGCACGUUGAAUUUACUCACACACGUUGAAUUAUAGGAGUCGUGAAAAACAUUGUUAAUGAACUGCUCUUCUUAACACGAUGGAUAUGCAGGUUGGUUCUUGAUUUUGUGAGGUGGAGUGAAGGUUUGUUGUUUCGCUUUCGGAUCUGAUUUUUUUCAAGAGUUGUCUGUCACAAAUCGUUUAUUACGCAAAGAGAAUGAUGUGAGUACUUUUCUUCAGAGUUGUUAGACUAGGAUUGUAAAAGAAUCUGCACAGUAUUUUGGUUCUCUAGGGAUUGGUAAGCUACUCGAAUUGAUGGAUUGAAAAUGAAACUCAGAAAAAUAUUAUGUGUUUGCGAUCAAGAAAACAAGAACAAUUUGAAUUUAAUCCACCAUGCAAAGUACAAAUAGUCUAAGAUAUCGCUGACAGCAGGUCUAAAUCUAGAAGAAAGGAAGUUACUAGGACUGAAGUAGAAGUUUGACGGUCAGGACGAGAAAAAAAAGAAAUUCAAACUGUAAUCUUCCCCAAGAUCAUGCCUCCCCCAACUCCAACCCUGUAAAGAUGCCUCCAACCUACUGAUUCCUCCUCAAUAACCUCGCUAUUGUGAUUCAAAAUUUUGUCCGAAGAAAUGAGAUAUCGAUAUCCAUCAAUCCGAGGAGGGUCUUUACGUGCUGAGGGUUCGUUUCAGAAGUUUUGCGAAAUGGAAACAGAGCAUU